GGAAUUAAUAUUAUCCUCUUGCAACACAGGGAGCAACACUAGAUAGAGGCUCAGUCACACCUAGACCAGAAAGUCCUUUCUCCUGAUCCCUCCCCUCUCUUUUAAUUGAAGCAACAAGUUUAAGUAGGCAAUACAUAUUGACAGAAUUGUGUCCUUCAUACCUUCAGUGUUAAUGCAGUGUUGAUUGUUUGUAGACAGCAUCCUGAAAGAGGUGAGCAAGAUCUGGGUAGAUGGAGGAACAAAAUAGAAAUGAGAGAAAAAUCAACUGGAGUGACCCCAUAUGCAAGGAUGUUCUUGCAAAGAUCAGGUUGGGUCAGAGGGGAACUUACACUGAAUAUUCAAGUUAGGCACAUCAAGCCUCCAGUAAUAUGAUAAGAAGAUAAUGACAGGAAAAAAUGAGGUUGGUGAGGUAGAAGAAAAUAGUAUAUUGAAUUGAGAGAGGCAGGGAAAAAAAGAUAACAUUAGUAUCAAACAAUACUAAUCAGUAACAAAGGAACGGUGGAGUUGGCAAUGAUAACUUCACUGACAAGAUAGAACAAAUGAACCUACAGCAUGUCCACAGACUACAGGCUGAAGCUCAAUCACAGAGAAGAGUCAGAAGGGAAGAAAGGGAAGCUGGCACAAUUAUAGUUGUUUUUCCAUCCACAGGACUCUCUGCAGCCCCAGCCAAGCAAAGUGUGCUGUCUUGGAUCGCUGUGGUCAGCAUGCAAGAAGCCAGGUCACAAAUAGGGAAUUGCAGCUGAACAAGUUGCUGGCAAUUUAAAAUACCACCUUUUAUGCAGAUACUUUAAGGGAGUGUAGGGGCCAAACAACGAAAACAAAUUGAAAACCAUUCUUGGCACUGCCUUACUUAUUAUUUGAAGCACAUUUCUUCCAGUAAAUACCCGUGAGGCAGACACAGAGACACUGGGCUUGCAGUAAGUGCAGUCCUUGUCUCAGCCCUUUUUCCAGCCUAAAGCUUGCAGUAGUGCUCAGGAGCAGUGCUCAUGGACCAGAGCUCCUUGGGAUAGGUGCUAUACAAACUCUCCAAGUUGUGGGUAAAUCCUCAGAAGUAUCUUAUAUGACAUACAGGCUUAGGUCUCAUUUUAAAAAGUGAUACAGGCACUUAGCUGCUGUUUUCCCAUUAAUUAAUUCCCUUUUCCUUUUUGGCAGAUAACAGAAGGCUUUCCUGUUUGCUCAGUCUGAUUGCUGCCUUCCUUAAAUCAUUGGUUUUGCAGACAUUUUCCAUGAAGCAUUCUUUCAAGAUGUCCACUGUUCAUGAAAUUUUAAGCAAGCUCAGCCUUGAAGGAGAUCAUUCUCUCCCUCCAAGUGCCUAUGCCACAGUGAAGGCCUACUCAAACUUCGACGCUGACCGGGACGCUGCCGCCCUCGAAACGGCCAUCAAGACCAAAGGUGUGGAUGAGGUCACCAUCAUCAACAUCCUGACAAACCGCAGCAAUGAACAGAGGCAGGACAUUGCUUUUGCCUAUCAGAGGAGAACCAAAAAGGAACUUUCUGCAGCACUCAAGUCUGCUCUCUCAGGUCAUUUGGAGGCAGUGAUCUUGGGCUUGCUGAAGACACCAGCACAGUAUGAUGCCUCUGAAUUGAAAGCUGCCAUGAAGGGGCUGGGAACUGAUGAAGACACACUCAUUGAAAUCAUCUGCUCCCGAACAAACCAGGAGCUCAGUGAAAUCAACAGAGUCUACAGGGAAAUGUACAAGACAGAACUGGAAAAGGACAUUAUAUCAGACACAUCUGGUGACUUCCGCAAGCUGAUGGUUGCCCUGGCCAAGGGCAAAAGGUGUGAAGAUACUUCUGUGAUUGAUUAUGAGCUGAUUGACCAAGAUGCCAGGGACCUCUAUGAUGCUGGUGUGAAGAGAAAGGGAACUGAUGUCCCGAAGUGGAUCAACAUUAUGACUGAAAGAAGUGUUCCCCACCUGCAGAAAGUGUUUGACAGGUACAAGAGCUACAGCCCAUAUGAUAUGUUGGAGAGUAUCAAGAAGGAGGUUAAGGGAGAUCUGGAGAAUGCCUUCCUUAAUCUUGUCCAGUGCAUUCAGAACAAGCAGCUGUAUUUUGCAGACAGACUGUAUGAUUCCAUGAAGGGCAAGGGAACCCGGGACAAGGUCCUGAUCAGGAUUAUGGUAUCCCGCUGCGAGGUUGACAUGCUGAAAAUCAAGAGUGAAUUCAAGAGGAAAUAUGGCAAAUCCCUCUAUUAUUUCAUCCAGCAAGACACAAAAGGGGAUUACCAGAGGGCACUGCUGAACCUGUGUGGUGGAGAGGACUGAAAACUGUGAUGGAAGAAACCCAAGUCCAAAGAAAUGCCUUUUUUGCUCUUCAUUUUACUGUAAUCCUAGAAAACCUGAAUUUCUUAGCUACCCUUGACUUGCACUUUCCUGCCAGAGCCCUGCUGCAGUUUGCUCCCCUGCGCUGUGCAUGCCCCUCUUGGCAGCUGUGCUUGGUUCUGCCAAAGGUCCUAACAGUGUAUAGCCAGAGACACUAACCCUCCAGGGAGAAAUGGGCUCACAGGUGCUUGUGAAAAGCUCUGCCUCUCUGUGCAAUGUUUCUAAUAAAACAAAUAAAAAUGAUGUUUUACUUAAA